CCGCCGCCGCCGCCGCGAUGGCCACCGACGAGCUGGCCAGCAAGCUGAGCCGCCGCCUGCAAGUGGAGGAGGCGCCCGAUGGCCAGGAGGAGGAGGAGGCGGCGGAGGGCGAGGAGGCGCCCGAGUCCCUGGAAGCGGCAGCCGAGCCGGCCCUGGACAGCGGCGCCGACGGCGAGCUGAGCGCCAAGCUCCAGCGGCGCUCCGAGCUCAACGAGCCGGGCCAGGCGCAGCAGCUCUCGCCCGGCGGCGGCCACCGCGUCUUCAGCCCCUACACCGAGUUCCGCGAGUUCUCCCGCCGCCAGAUCAAGGACAUGGAGCGGCUCUUCCGGCAAUACGACGCUGGAAAAGACGGCUUCAUUGACUUGAUGGAGCUGAAACUCAUGAUGGAGAAACUGGGCGCCCCGCAGACGCACCUUGGCUUGAAAAACAUGAUCAAGGAAGUGGAUGAAGAUUUUGAUAGCAAGCUGAGCUUCCGGGAGUUUCUUCUGAUUUUUCGCAAAGCCGCCGCGGGAGAGUUGGAAGAAGACAGUGGCCUCCAUGCCUUAGCUCGCCUGUCGGAGAUCGACGUCUCGACGGAGGGUGUCAAAGGGGCCAAAAGCUUUUUUGAGGCCAAAGUGCAAGCCAUGAAUGUCACGAGCCGCUUCGAGGAGGAGAUCAAAGCCGAACAGGAGGAGAAGAGGCGUCAAGCGGAGGAGAUGAAGCAGAGGAAAGCUGCUUUCAAAGAGCUGCAGUCGGCAUUCAAGCAGUGACGUGGGGGCCGGCCGGGCUGGUGCCGAGAGGGCCCCUCUCCUGGCGCCAACGGUUCCAGCGGCGUCCUCCAGCGAGCACGGGAGGAUCCGUGGCGGUGGCGGCGUCCCCAGCUUUUGAACCGUGCCUUGGACGGCAGCUUGAUCCGCAAGCCAUACAUGCUCCACUCUGGGUGGCAAGCUGCAUGCGAAUCAAGCUGCUGUGGAAGGCACAGGCGCAGACCUGGCUGGGUUUUUUCUGAUAAGUUGGCAAGCCCCCAGGUGGUCGUGGGGACCAAUCUGGAAAAUGAUUGCUGUUGAAUCUGGAGCGGUUCAGGAGUCAGGCUGGGCAACGUGUCCCUCUUUACUGUCUUUCCUAGUCAUGGCCCCCUGAUUUCUCCACUCGCCUGUUGGCUGUUUCCUUGUUCUCCUGUGAACAACAUGUCUCUGUCUGUCUGUCGAGCAUCACCUAACUCCUUGUAUCCACUUGGGGUCUCCCGGGCUUGGCACCUUCCACUGGUGAGCCAUUUCAUGUCCUGUAUGGUGGCCGCUGUGGCUGUGAAUCAAAGCAGGGCAACCAGGGGUCAUCCCAUUAACCCGAUGGCCAGGGAAUUUCGAACCUUCAAAAGGACGUCCUUUUUCACACAGAGCAGGAUUAGUCUGUGGAACCCUCUGCCACAGGAUCUGGUGAUGGCCCCACCAGCCUGGGUGGCUUUAGGAGGGCUCAGACAUGUUCAUGGAGGACAGCUCUAACAAUGGCCACUGGGGUGACAGGCCACUUCCAUCCUAUAGCUGGAAGAAAGAUGCCUCUCGAUACCAGUUGCAGGAGAGGGGGCCUGCCCUCACUUCUUGCCUGUGGGCUUCUUACAGGCAUAUCUGGUGGGCCACUGUGGGAAACAGGAUGCUGGGCUAGAUGGGCCCCUUGGGCUUGAUCCAGCAGGGCUCUUCUUAUGUUCUUAACAAGGAGGGUACCGAAUUUCCCCUCGAAGAUGCUUCUGCAAACGAAAAGAAAAAAAGCCCUCUGGCAGUGUUGGCGUGUGCAGUCUCCACUUAAUCAUGCUUUAACCAAUCACUUUAAAGUCUCUUCGCCGAAGCUUUGCCAAAAAUUCAAAGAGUGCUGCCUGGGGUAGCGUAACGAGGGGCCUCCAAGUCAGGACCCCUUUCCCUCUCGGCUCUGCCUCCAAAGGGUCCCGAGUAGCCGUGGGGGGCAGUUCUGAUGUUGCCCACUCGUAGGGUGGGACUUCUUCCUCUCUCCACAUCUUGGCUUUCUUCCCCUGAUCACAUACUGCUGUGAUGUACUGAUCACAUACGGCACCUGAUCACAUACUGCUGCUGGUGGGUGGGUUGUGUGGUGGUGUUUCCACUCCCCAGGGGGAGUCUUUGCAAAACUUUGCCUGUCUGCUUCCUGGAGGGGAGGGCUGUGAUGUGGUGUUUUCACUCACCAUUUUAGCCCCCUUUCCUUGCUGCAUAGAAGAGACCUUACUUGGCACACACUGUGUCCAUGCUUGGCAUUGUGAGCAGGACCUUGAUAAACUGGAAGAGAUUCAGAGGUGAUGGUGAGUCCUAAGAAGAACGGAUGGGGAAUUGGGUAUGUUUAGCCUGGAGAAGGGGAGACCUGAAAGCCGCCCUUAAAAUAUCUGAAGGAGUGGACGGGUUCUCGGUUGCUCCUGAGGGCAGGACUCUGACCAGUGGGGUGCAGUGACAAGGAAACAGAUCCAGGUUAGGCAUUCGGGCUAAUUUUCCAACUGUAACAGCUGUUUGCCAGUGGAACAGCCUUCCUCAUGAAGCUCUUUUGCUGGAGGUCUUCAAACAGUCCCUCCGGCAUUUGGACUACAACUCCCAUCAGCCCUGGCUGUGGGCCACCGUGGCUGGGGAUGCUGGGAGUUGUCAUCUGACAACACCUGAAGGGCCAUGGUCCCGCCACAACAGAUUCUGGCACUGAGCAGGGGGUUUGACUAGAUGACCUCAAAGGUCCCUUCCAACUCUCAAAUUCUGUAAGCUGCUCCAACGUGCAUGGAAUGAGGAAGAGGGCUUUGCAGUUAGUUGCAAAGCAGUGGGGUGGAGUGACGGCCCUCAGAGUUUAGCCUUGUUGUUCCAAAGAACUGGGAGGGGGAGUUUUCUGGCUGAGCUGGGCGUCUUGGCACGUUGCCGCUUCUGCUGCUGAAUUCCACGGCGUGCCACUCUUCACUUGCACCCACUCAGUGCUGUGAAUGUUCUAGUCCCACAAAUAUCAGUGCAAAAAGAAAGGGCUUGUUCUGGUACGUCGCCAGUUUCAGUUUCUAAGGUUCUAGUCCCUGUUGUCCAAUGUGUCUCUCUCCGUCCCCCAUUUGAAGACACCGACCUGCCCAUGGGCGUCUGGCAAUGGAGGAUGCUUCAGGGGGUGGUGGAGUGGUCCCCCACUUUUGGAGCACCAAUGGUACCAACGUUGGGUUGUGCCAUGUGGGUGGGCUUUUGCAUCUGAAGCCCCGCCCAUGGUGGACGAUGCAGUGAUGUCACAGCAAUAGUGGGCGGGGCUACGAACAGACCGUGUGUGUGUUUUGUUUUGUUUUGUUUUUGUUUUUUUAAUCAAGGCAAUAAUCCAAGUGCGGACAUUGUGGCACCACACCAAACCAUUCUGGCAGAACGUGUGAUCUGAUUGUGAAAAGGAGAACCUCGUCCAUACCUACAUCUUUGGGGUGAACCCCCCACCCCAUCUAGAACCACAGUUUCCAGAAUACAGCAUGUGUGUUCUUUAUAUAUUCCAUCUGUGUUAAAUAUUCAGGCUGGGAGACCAUCCUUAAGUGCUUUUGAAUGUUCACGUGGGCUAUCUGGACUCCUUUCGUUUUGGUUUUUUGUGCAUGCACUGUGAGCUUCAAAGAAAGGGGUGACCCUUAAGUGUCCGGUUCGUUUUGUAAUAGAAAAUCUCAACGUGUUUGAAUGGGGGUGGAAAUAGUAUUCAAAGUUCUGUUGUUUCACCAAGCUAUGUUUGUAAAGGAACCCAAUAGAAUAGAGUUGCCAACUUCUAACCCAGCGCCUGAUCCUGUGCGUUUAACAGCAAGAUUUUGGGGAGGGGUUUUUGAGUGUAUGUGUGUGUGUGCAGUGCACCCUCACAGGGUCCUUGCAGUUUGAAAGAGGUGGGCGUGCAAAGUAUGCAUUUCCCCAAGCCUUGUGAUCUGCUGAUCUUAGUAGGCGAUCAUCUUUAGCUCCAUGCUAUGCAAAGUUUCCUUGUAGAAGAAUCCAGCUAAAGGCACAGGAACAGGGCAGACUGUGAUACAAAUCAGUUGGCAAUCCUAAAUAGAACUAUGUUUGGGGACCUGAGAGAGGGGUGGAGAGGAAGUGGAAACCCUUCAUGUAUUGUGCUCCCAAAGCAAACUUGAGUUUUGACAUUUCAUUGUAUUGUACACUGGCAAUAUCUUGUUCUUUGCAAACAAAAAGUUUGCAAAUGACAAGAUCUCUGCCCCACCCCCACCCCGCAGACUUUACUGUGUUUCCUCGUUCAACAUGGGAGGUUUUGAAUUGCUCACUUGUCUCCAGGCUCUCCCUUUAUUUUUCUGGUCAAAGAUUGUAAAGUCCCAGUGGUGGAUUUUAGAGGCUUCCUUUAUUUUUUCAUAUGGCAGUCUUGGGUGCCUGGGAUGGGGAGAAAGCACUAUAUGAAAGAGCUCUUUCCAUUCUUCUGCAGCUGUUCCAAUAUGUUCAAAUGGCUGGAUUUAAAAACUGUGUUUUGCUUUUGAUUCCAAAAGCUGCUCCAUUUCAGUGGUAUGAUUUAUUUUUUUUAACCAAAAAUAAAAGUAUAUUUCAUAAGCA